AUGACAACAACUAGAGCAAGAUCUAAAAAACAACAAGAGUUGGAGCUCCAACAACAAUCGACGGAAAGAGAAAGCAAUAAUAAAACCUCUCCUCCAAUGACCAGGGCAAGAACAAAGGCAAUUCAACAACAACAAAAACAACAAAAACAACAAAACACACGUCAACCACAGAAACAACAACAACAAAAGAAAAAGCCCAAUCGCAGAGACAUUGUUAGUGACCAAGAAGAAGAAGAGGAAGAAGAAAACUCUGAUCUCGAUGUUGAUGAAGUUACCCUUCGAAUAGAAUACUCUCCUGAAAAUGGCAAUGACUCUGAUGAGGAAGAAGAGGAAGAAGAGGAAGAUGAAAAGACAAAGAAAACUAAAGAGGUGAAUACAAAGAAAAAGAAACAAGUCGAGCCACCAACAAGACGAAAUGGUGGUAGCAAGAAAAAGGUUUCAACAACAACAACAACAACAAAGAGAAAUCAUAUCCCAUCAUCAGACGAAGAAGAAGAAGAGUCAGAGGAAGAAGAAUAUUCUGGAUCAGAAGAAGAGGAUGAUGAUGAUGAAGACUACUCUGAAGAGGAAGAAGAAAACAAAACAAACCGAGGCAAAAUGAACAAUAAUGGAAAGAGAGUGCAAAAGACUCAACAAAAGCCCAAUAGACAAACAAAGAGAUCUAAAAACUCUGAAAUUCUAUCUUCUUCAGAGGAUGAAGAGGUAGAGGAUGAUGAUGAUGAUGAUGAUGAAGUGGAUGAACAAGAACAAGAACAAGAACAGGAGGAAGAAGAAGAAGAAAUGGAAAAAGAUUCAGAUCAAGAAGAUAUUGUUUCAAUGGAAUUUGAUCAAGAUGAUGAAGAAGAGGAAAAGAAAGAUUUUAGUGAAGAGACUAUAGAAAAGAUUUUGGCUGUCAAGAGUUUUAAAGGAAAAUUCAAGACACUCCCAUUUACACUUCCAAAAUACAUCAAUCUCUCUUCAUCAACCUUGUUAUCACCAUCGACACAACAACAACAGCAGUCAAUCACAGAUAUAGUCACCACACCAUUGACAUCAGAGCAAGACGAACUUAUGACACUGUCUUCACCUUUGUUAGCCUCUUCAAAUCAAUCAAUACCACCACCACCUCUAUCAACAUCUGAACAAACCACCGACAAUGUAGAUUCCAAACAACAACAACAACAACAACCGAUCGUCGCAACACCAACACCAACAUCUACAACACCACUACCAUCAUCUUCAUCACCACCACUUUUAUCUGUACAGGACAACAUUAACAACAACGCCACAAAUACCAACAACACACCAAUGGAGAUUGGAGAGGAUGAUCAAGUUAGAUUUUUAACACUUUUCAAAGAACGAUCAUAUCGAUCGGUUAGAUGGAUGACAUUAAAGGAUCUAGAGACGACAAAUAUUCAAAUUAAUCCAAAACUGCAACUUCAAAUCAAGAAAUCAAUCCCUACACCCAUCAAGGAUGAAUCCGAGGCCAACCCACUUCACUACUUUAAACAAGAUUAUAUUCAAGUCGACAAAAUUCUCGCCAAAGAGAUCAAGAGAAAAGGUAGAGGACCAGGUGUCGUUAACUAUUUGGUCAAAUGGAAAGAUCUUCUCCACGAAAAAAGUACAUGGGAAACAGAGUCCAUGUUGCGGUCGCCACAAGAUAAGGAGGCCAUCAAGAUAUACGAAGCAUCACAAUUGGGAUACUCGAAAAAGAUUGUUGCUCGUCCCAGUAAACUCCCAGCAUUUGGACCAUCUCUUGUUCCAAAGUUUAAGGGGUCUCUGUCACUCAAAGAAUUUCAGGUAGAGGGAUUUCUUUGGUUGUCUUAUAAUUGGUAUCACGAAAGAUCAUCUCUAUUGGCCGAUGAAAUGGGUCUGGGCAAGACUAUUCAAUCGAUUGCUUUUCUCACCUAUCUGAGUCAGUCAGUUGGUAUAAAGGGACCAUUUAUGGUUGUUGCACCUCUUUCAACACUAGGCAAUUGGCAAAAGGAAAUUCUAAAGUGGACAGAUAUGAGAGUUUUGGUGUUCUAUGGUACGCAAGAGACUAGAGCUUUUCAAAAGAAAUACGAGUGGAAACGAAAAGAUAAAGGUGUCUAUCAAUUUGAAAUCCUUCUUACAACCUAUGAAACUGUCAUGGCCGAACAUCAGGAUCUUGUCAAAAUAAAUUGGAGAGCUCUUGUUUUGGAUGAAGGUCAUAGAAUUAAAAAUACACAAUCAAAGGUUUUAUCAAAAUUAAAAUCAAUUAAAACUGAACAUUCAGUAAUUUUAACAGGAACACCAUUACAAAAUGAUAUGAAGGAAUUGUGGACAAUGUUGAAUUUUUUGGAUCCCGAUAAAUUUGCUAGUAGCACUCAAUUUUUGGAUGAAUUUAGUGACCUAAAGGAAGAAUCUCAAGUACAAAGACUUCACCAAAUACUUGCACCAUAUCUAUUGCGUAGAAUGAAGGAAGAUGUCGAGUUGUCAAUCCCAAUCAAGGAGGAGACAGUGAUUCAAGUAGAGUUAUCAUCCAUCCAAAAGACAUACUAUCGUGCUAUUCUCGAAAAGAAUAGAGAGUUUUUGGCCAGAGGUGUAAAGUCAAAAUCGAAUCUGCCAAAGUUGACCAAUAUUAUGAUUCAAAUUCGAAAGGUUUGCAACCAUCCAUUCCUCAUUCCAGGUGCCGAGGAUACCAUCAUUCGUCAGGAAAAGCUCACAACCGACGAACAAAUCGCAGAAUUGUUGAUUCGUUCUAGUUCCAAAUUAGUCUUGGUCGACAAGCUCCUUCAACGUCUCAAAAAGGAAGGUCAUCGUGUUCUCAUUUUCAGUCAGAUGGUCGAAUCACUCAAUAUUUUAGAAGAUUAUUUGCACUAUAGAGAAUACUCUUACGAACGUCUAGAUGGUUCAGUGUCAUCGGUAUUGAGACAAGCUUCCAUCGAAAGAUUUAUGGACCAGGAAUCUGAUCGUUUUGUAUUUCUUUUAUCAACUCGUUCUGGUGGUGUUGGUAUCAAUCUUACCUCUGCCGAUACUGUCAUUCUCUUUGACAGUGAUUGGAAUCCUCAGAGUGAUCUUCAAGCACAAGCCCGUUGUCAUCGUAUCGGUCAAACCUCUAACGUCAAGGUAUACAGACUCAUCACAAGAAACACCUAUGAACAAUAUCUCUUUGAGGUGGCUACCAAAAAGCUAUUGUUGGAUCACAUUGUUUUAAAUAAUGCUAAAAAUAAUUCAAUGAAAAAACAACAAGAAGCAGAUGAAGUAGAAAAGUCAAAAAAGGAAGAGGUGGGUGCAGUUGAAAGUGAAACAACAACAACAACAACAACAACUGACGAUCAAGAAACAGAACAAGAUGGAAAAGAGGAUGGAAAAGAGUCACCCAAGACCUCUGCAGACAAAGAUACACCGAGUGAAAUUAGUCAAAUGUUGAAAUAUGGUGCAGCCUAUUUAUUUACCGAAAACUCAAAGGAUGCAUCAGAACAAGAUAAUGUAAUGUUUAACGAAGAUAUUGAUAAGAUCUUGGAGAGAUCGACGACUAUUAGCUUUGACAGCAAGAACAAACCAUCAAAUUUGUCUGGAUUCUCAAAGGCUACAUUUGCAUCAAGUGAAACCGAUUUCAAUGUCGACUUGGACGAUGAAAACUUUUGGGAAAAGGUUUUACCAGACUACAAAACGGUGAAACAGUUGGAGGAGAAACUUUCAAAUGGAUCCAUUUUCAAUAGCGACGAGGCCCGAUCCAAAUACAUUGACGACAUUGUAGAGUUGGCACAAUCGAAAAAGGAUGAUAUUGUCGAUCCAGUUUCAAUAGAGUUUAUUUCCGAUCUACUAAAGUUGAUCAUGCGUGUCGAGUUUAACACCAAAUUCACUGUCGAAGAAAGAGAAAAGGUUCAAACAAUGCGUCUCUUGCUCGAACGUCCAAGAACAAGAAAACGUGUCAUCCCAGAGGUUGUCCAAACUGGUCCCGCCGUAGUCGAUUCAAAGCAAAAGGGUAAAAAGACCAACAUCAUUGCCUCCAUACCAGACUCGGAUAGCUCCAGUGACGAACACAACAGCGACCCAGACUUUGUUCACGACGAAAAUUCAGUUGAAAGUGAUGACAGCAAUAUCAUUGACACUAGAAAGAAAUCAAAGAUGAAUGGUCCCCCUGUUGUACCGGUUUGGAAUAAAACCAACAAGGAUAAACUCAAAGCCAUUGUCCUUAAAUAUGGUCUCCAUCGUUGGAAAAAGAUUCAAAAAGAACUAGCUUCCAUUGGUGUCGUCAAAACACCAGGCGAAAUUCAAUCAAUUACUGAAUCUUUUGUCGAAGUUGGCUACAAAUCAAACCAGGAGCAAAUGAAAGAGUCUUUUGAUCAUUUUGUCGAAGACACUUCCUACUUUAAUUGGCAAAAACUUGGUUUUGAUGUAGAUUCUCCAAAUCCAAUCACAUUAGUCGAAGACAACAACAACAACACCAACUUGGACAAGUUUACCAUCACCGAUCUCCCAUCUGUUCAAAUGAUUUCAAGUCAAUCCAUUGUUAUUCAUUUUGAAAAGAAUCAACCAGAAUCAUCAGAACCAUCAACAAUCGAAAAAUCCUCAACGGAACAAGACAAAAUCGAAACGACAAGUGAAACCACCACUACCACUAUGGAUGAAAAACAAGAUAGUAUUGUAAAUAGUAAAAACGAUAGCAUGAAUACAGAUAAUGCAACCACGACAACCACCACAACAACCUCAACUAGCAUAAGUACUUCCCCCAAACUUGAACCAUUACCAUUGUUAACCAAUCGAAUCCCCCAACAAACCGAUGGAUACUAUCUUGCCAUAUUUAUGGACGGUGAAAGGGAUCAAUUGAUUAGAGUAUACCCUAUCAACUCGGGCAUGACUCUUUGCGAUUUCUUUUUCCCCGGUUUAAGUUCUGGUUAUUUUAUUAAUAUUAUUUAUACAAAUAUUUCACAAAAUCAAUAUGUAAAAUGUAGUAAUGACAUUAAAGUUCAAACUGUACCAAACAUUAUAUGGCAACAAGGAGAUUUCCCAGGAGCCAAUCGAAUCCAAGCUACUUUGGCAAGAUUAUCAUUGAUGAGAAUUCUCAAGAGAUGCAUAGUCAGAUAUGGAAAGAACCUUGGCUAUUUGAAACUACAGCACCUAACCAGAGGGCCUACCACAUCGUGGACAGCAGAAAAUGAUCGCAGUCUAAUUAUCGGUAUAUACAAGUAUGGUCACGGUAAAUUUAACGAAUGCUUUGCUGAUCCCUCACUGGAUCUUGCAUCGGCCGUCAAAAAGGGAUCCCUCUCUGCAAGUAGUGGCGCUGUUGGAAACCAAAUGUUGGAUGAGGAGGAUGAACAACAGCAGCAGCAACAACAACAGCAAGGUCCAAAGAUACCAUCGUCAGAGUCUUUGAGAAGAAGAUUGGGACGUGUCACUGAAAAUAUUACAAGACAAGAGAUGAACCAAAAGAAUUUGAAGCAACAACAGCAACAACAACAACAAUUCCAGCAAUCACAACAACAACAACAACAACAACAACAACAACAACAACAACAAUUCCACCAAAAACUCCACAGUGAUGAUCACGAAGAAUCUUCAUUGUCUUUCCCAAAGAGAGAAAGACCAUUUUCUCCUGACGGGGAGUUAUCAGAAGAAGAAGAGUAUCGUCAACAACAACAUCAACAACAUUUUAGAAACCCACGAUACCCACAACAACAACAACAACAACAACAAGUCUAUCAACCACAACAACAGUUUAGAAACCCACGAUAUCCACAACAAACUUCACCACCAAAUUCUACAUCACCAACAUCUUAUAAAAAUGGAUCGUUUGGAGCGAUUGGUACUCGUUAUGUACAUCUAACUUUUGGAUGGGAUUCAAAAGUUUUACCUAUGGGAGUUCCAGAUCAAGCAACUUUGGAGAUGGCCAAAAAAAUGUUUUAUGUCAAAUUUAACCUUAAAAACUCGCCAGACUACGCCGAGAAUCAAGAUCAACACUUUAAAUUUUACUAUAAAGACCAACCAAUCCAACCACACUCCAAGUUUGUCCAAGAAUUGGAUCUCCAAGAUGGAUUCUUUAUUCGAGCCGAGUGGGAAUCAAAGUGGAAAACCAUGCAAGUUCAAGGUUUUGAAAUGGACACACUCUUUAUGAAGGUCCAAGACGACACUGUGCUCGAAGACAUUGUCAAGGCCUAUUUCCAAAGCAACCCACCACCAUAUGAAUACAAAAACUUACGCGUAGAACACAACGGUGCUCGAUUGGAUCUUACUGGUGACAUUGGUGGCAACCAAAUCAAAAACGACUCGUUCCUCAAAAUUGUAUCUUCCUCUGACAUUAUCCACGUGCAUGUUAUACCAUCGUGGAAUAUUGAGGAAAAAGAAAUCUAUGCACUCCACAAACGGACAACAUUCCUUUCGAAAUUGGUAGACUCUUUUCUCAAAAAGCACCAACUCCAACCCAAACAAAUCAACUUUACAAGUGCUUCGACAGGUGCUAUGAUUGAUCCAAACAAACCACCACUCGACCAAGGUCUUGAAAUGGACUCUAUCAUCCAUGCCAAUCUUUUACUCUCAAGAAUAGAUGUAACCUACCAAAACCAUACAGUACCAUACUUGCUCAGCACCAAUACUUCUUUUGAGUCUUUGAUUCAUCGAUUCUGCGAGAGACUCAAAAUCAACAGACACUCGGUACAAUUUAUCUAUGACAGUAAGAAAUUGGUACCAGAAGAAACACCAGAACAGAUCAAGAUGGGUCCACAGGCAAACAUACAGGUGACAGCAAACGGUACCGUUCAACAAGGCAUUAUCGAAGUUGAAGUAAGACUCAUUGGAGAAGAUGCAGGAAGCUAUAUAAAGAUGCACACUCACAACCCUUUCCCACUUGAAAUUCUCAUGGACAAGUUUUGUGAGGAACACAAGCUCAACAAACAUGGUGUCCUCUUUACUUUUAAUGGUAUUAAAAUAGAACCGCAUGAUACUCUAGUAAGCAUUGGCCUGCGUGACUCUGACGUUAUUGAAGCGAGAAAAAUCAAUUCUUCUUUUGGUAAUUGA